AUGUCUCUCGACGAGAAACCCAACAUUGACGGCAUCUCUCCGGUCUCAUCCACAAGCCAUGCCCCGAAAACCAAUAUCACCGACAUAACGGCCCUCGACAACCUCCAAGUCCUCCCUAAAAUCCUCCAAGAGGGCAUCCUCUUCGUCGCAUCCGGCCCAGCGCUCCUCCUCCAAGCCGCCCAACCAGGCCUCAAAAACCGCCUCAGCCAAAGCAACCCUACAAACAACACCACCACCACCAGCAGCAGCACAACCCCCUCGCUCGCCGACGACCUAACCACAACCCUCCACGCAACCCUCAGCUACAUCGCCUGCCUCGUCUUCGGCGCCCGCGAAGAAAAAGAAGCCCUCCUCGACCGCCUCCGCCUCGGCCAACCCCCGUUUCCCAUUCCCACCACCAGCGCAGCAACAGACCCAAACACGCAGCUCUGGCUCCUCGCAACCCUCUACGCAACAGCGACAGACUUCUACCAGCGCAUCUACGGCCGCGUCGACUACCGCACCGCAGAGCGCGGCUACGCCGAGUUCGCGCUGAUCCUCCGGUGCCUCGACCCGGUCGUCCUCCCCGCAAGUCUGUGGCCGGCGUCCCGCGCGGACUUCUGGCGAUACUGGGACGACCAGAUUGAGACGCUGAGCGUCUCCGGCGACGCGCACAAGCUCGCGCAUGAUCUAGCGCAUGCGACGGAGCUGCCGCGGUGGGUUGGCUACAUGAAGCCGUUUAUGCGGGUUGUCACUGUGGAGAUGUUGCCCGUGCGGAUCCGCGAGGCGUACGGGCUCAAGAGUACCGUUGGGACGAGGGGGAUGUACAGAGCGACGAUGGGGUUCUCGGUUGCGGUGUACCCGGCUCUGCCAAAGUCGAUUCGGUCGUAUCCGGUGAAAUAUUAUUUGGAGGAAGUGAAGAGGGUUUUGAGGACUUGA